GUGUACAGUAGCAGGCUGCAGGCAGAGGAAGCAGCGGCAGUAGUAACAGCAGCACACAGCCGAGCAGUCCUUCAUGGGAUCCCCGAGGCGGGGUGAAAAGACGUGAUGACGUUACCGGGAGAAGCGGUUCUCCUGCGGGCUGACAGCUGAUGGAGAGGGGACCCUGCUCCUCCUCUCUCACACACGGUCGGGAUCGUAUGAGCAGGACACAGAGACUAGAAAUGACAUGCUGAACUGGACAGAAACUUUGUUCACAUCGACUGGAAGCGCAGGAACGUGUUGAAUGGAUUGGAUGCAUUCCCCAUUUGUGAGUUUACAAGUUUUUUUGUGGAUGUUUGUUUUUGAUCAGCUGGCAUGAGUCUGGAAUCUCCGACAGAGGAUUUCUAAAUAUUUUUCCCGAUAAUCUAAUCUGUUGCCUUGUCAUUGAAACAUCAUCAGCGAGGCAGCUCACUGAUCAAACAUCAAAAUGACUUGAUUGAGUGCCUUUUGUUGUGUAUGCAGCCCAUUUGGGUCUCAAAUCCAGCAAUCCCUGGUGACCUCAUUUGUGCAUUUGGAGAAGUUUUCACUGACCACCUUUAAUCUGUACUGCAAAUCAAGGAGACAGCCGGGGGGAAGCGCAAGUACUAUGCACCGUUAUCGCUUUCUCACAUCCGACAUCGAACCAGUAACCUCAGUGGAGGAGAAGCACUCAUAACGGUACCGACCCCUCCGAAGAACCCCCCAACCUCUCGCUUGGUACUGUUUUUAUCCACGGGGGUGUAGAGAGCUGCAGGGAUGUUCGCCGCCGUGGAGCAUGGCCCCGUCCUCUGUAGCGACUCCAACAUCCUGUGCCUGUCAUGGAAGGGCCGGGUGCCUAAGAGCGAGAAGGAGAAGCCAGUGUGCAGGAAGCGCUACUACGAGGAGGGCUGGCUCGCUACCGGGAACGGCCGAGGAGUUGUCGGGGUCACGUUCACAUCCAGCCACUGUAGACGGGACCGGCCCACUCCGCAGAGAGUAAACUUCAACCUCAGAGGACACAACAGCGAGGUGGUGUUGGUGCGGUGGAAUGAGCCUUUCCAGAAACUGGCCACCUGUGAUACAGAUGGAGGAAUCUUUGUUUGGAUCCAGUACGAGGGCCGCUGGUCCGUGGAGCUGGUCAAUGACCGUGGAGCUCAGGUGAGUGAUUUCACCUGGUCCCAUGAUGGCACCCAGGCUCUCAUCUCCUAUCGCGAUGGCUUUGUCCUGGUGGGAUCAGUCAGCGGGCAGAGACACUGGUCCUCCGAGAUCAACCUGGAAAGCCAGAUUACCUGUGGUAUCUGGACCCCAGAUGACCAGCAGGUGUUGUUUGGUACUGCAGACGGACAGGUGAUAGUGAUGGACUGCCACGGGCGCAUGCUGGCCCACAUACUGCUGCAUGAGUCGGAUGGCAUUGUCAGCAUGUCCUGGAACUACCCCAGUUUCCUGGUGGAGGACAGCAGUGAGAGCGACACAGACUCUGACGACUACUCCCCACCUCAAGUGCACAGCCAGAAGCCACUGCUGACAGUCAGCUUCACCUCUGGUGACAUUAACCUGAUGAACAACUACGAUGACCUCUCUCCCACCCUCAUUCGCACCGGUCUGAAAGAUGUGGUGGUCCAAUGGUGCUCACAGGGGGACCUCCUUGCAGUGGCAGGGAUGGAGAGGACACUCCUCUCCCCUGACCCAUCCUGUCCUCCCCCCACCAGGAAUGCCAUUGUCAAAUUUUACAAUGUUCAGGGUGAACACAUCUACACACUGGACACACCAGCACAGCGCCCAAUCACCACGCUGUGCUGGGGUCACCGGGACUCUCGUCUGUUCUUGGCAUGUGGCCCGGCGCUUUACGUUGUCCGAGUGGAGCACCGGGUUGCCAGCCUGCAGCUACUCUGCCAGCAGGGCAUCGCCACGGCAGUGAAGGAGGAAAAAGAUGUUGCCAAGCUCACCAUGCCUUCCCGCCUCUCUUCUUACGUCACUGCCGCUUUCAUCCCCACCAUCAAGCCCCCCAUCCCAGAUCCCAACAACAUGCGUGAUUUUGUGAGCUACCCAACAGCUGGGAACGAGCGUCUGCACUGUACCAUGAAACGUACAGAGGAUAACCCUGAAGUGGGGGGGCCCUGCUACACUCUGUACCUGGAGUACCUAGGAGGUCUGGUGCCUAUCCUCAAGGGCAGACGAAUAAGUAAACUGCGUCCGGAGUUCGUCAUUAUGGACCCCAAGACAGAUGGGAAAACAGAUGAGAUAUACGGCAAUAGUCUGAUAUCUGCCAUGAUCGACAGCUGUAACUGCUCAGACUCCAGUGACAUUGAGCUGAGUGAUGACUGGAUUGGCAAGAAAUCUCCAAAGAUAUCCAGGGGCAGCAAAUCCCCCAAACUGCCCAGGAUCAACAUUGAUCCCAGAAAAUCGCCCAAAUUGUCCCGUGCUACACAGGAGAUCUCCAGGUCACCACGGUUACCCAUACGGAAGCCCUCUAUUGGUUCACCUAGUCUAACACGGAGGGAAUUUCCUCUAGAUGACAUCACUCAGCAAAAUUACCUUGCUCAGGUCACAUCCAAUAUUUGGGGAACAAAGUUCAAGAUAGUGGGGUUGGCCACAUUCUUGCCUACCAAUCUAGGUGCAGUCAUCUAUAAGACAAGCCUCCUCCAUCUGCAGCCCAGACAGAUGACCAUCUACCUGCCAGAGGUGCGUAAGAUCUCCAUGGACUACAUAAAUCUGCCUGUCUUCAGCCCCAACGUCUUCAGUGAAGAUGAAGAUGACCUGCCUGUUACAGGCCCUGCUGGUGGUGCCGAUGACAACCCUCCCUGCACUGUCAACAUCCCUAUUGCCCCCAUCCAUAGUCCUGCCCAGGCUAUGUCCCCAGCUCAAAGCAUUGGUCUGGUCCAGUCACUCCUAGCCAAUCAAAAUGUUCAGCUGGACGUCUUAACAAAUCCCAGCACAACCCCUGCUGGAGCAGCUGCCGGUGGGUCAGACCAAAGUCAGGACACCAUCCUGACAGCCCAGUACACAGUUCCCACCAGGUAUUCUAGUCCUGGUCAGGUCAUCUUUGGGGGACUGGAAAUGGGUCGCCUAAUGGUGGGACCUCCACCGAUCCAGAUCCCUCAUCCACCUGAUUUAGUGGUUGAGAGAGCAGUGGGGGGUGAACAUGAGCACCUACUGAAAAUCAAAACGACUCGGUCAACCCCACAGCUGGCUGAGGGUGAUACAGUGGUGUUCAGUGCCCCUCUAGAGCUCAGCAAGAUGAACCCCCCGCCCCCCUACCCCGGGACGGUGGCUGCUGCUGUGGCCGCUGCAGCAGCCGCUGCAGCCUCAGCAUCGGCGUCUGCUGCAGCCUCCAGUGCUGCAUCUGGAACAGGAGGGGGAACCAGUGGGACUCCUCCUGGUGAGCUUUGUUUGAAGAAGGGAGAGUUUCCACUUUAUCCUUCAGGUCAGCAACAAGCGCAAUACCCCACACCACUGGGAUAUGAAAGGAUAACAACAUUUGACAGCAGUGGGAAUGUGGAGGAAGUAUGUCGUCCGCGAACGCGCCUUGUCUGCAAUCAGAAUGUGUAUACACUCCAGGGACCUGGCAGCUCUGCCACUCUCAGGGUCACCUCUUCAUCAUCCUCCUCAUCAUCUGACAAGAAGAUCCAGCUGCCCUAUACAUCUGCCACUCUCAAUAGACUCACAGCACCUCGCUAUUCCAUACCCAGUGGAGACCCACCCCCAUACCCUGACACAGCCAACCAGAACAGUGCUGUUAGCAGGAACCCUGGACAGAGGCUUGACAGCAGUCUGAUCCAUGCCACUCUCAGGAGAAACAGCCGAGAGGCCGCUCUCAAAGUUUCCCAGAUGCUGGAACCGCCUAGACCACUGCCUCCUAAGGCCAAAAAUAGCGCACUAGCAGCCUCAUUCCAGCAGAGGGUGCCAACAGCCUUAUACACCUGCAGUCAGUGUAGCAGUGGAUCCAGUGUUGGAAGUACUGCCCCAGGGAGUGCUAAUGGAAUAGCAGGAGGAACUAUUAUCAGACAAGAUUUCCCUCCCAGGAAUGGGGCACCACACAGCACAGUUAUCGUCCACUCCAACAGCACUACUCCUCUGGCCUCCCAGUCUUCUUACAACCUGCUGAGCUCUCUUGAAGGAUCUGGGACUGCAGCAGGAGGAGGAAGUAACAGAGACAGGGCUGAUUAUGUUAAUUCAGCAUUUACUGAGGAUGAAACACUGAAUCAGACACUGAGGCAUCUGGCACUAGGAGGAAAUGAUGCAUCAGGCCUGGUUGUCAAACGCCCACCUCCUUAUCAGUGGGACCCAGCUGCGACGGAGGAGGUGUGGGUUCCUCAGGAACGGACAGCAACAUUGAACCCAACUGGCCCCCCCGGACCCCACAAACCACCUCCACUUAUUCUUAGCCCAGCCCAGCACCUGGAUGUUUCCAGGCUGCCUUUUGUUCUUUCUCCAAAGUCCCCCACCAGCCCCAGUGCUGCAUCAUUUCAAGCUGCAGCAGCAGCUGCAGGCUACCAAAUCUCUCUCCAGUACCCUCCAGCAACUGCCUAUUCUGGAGCCCAGCUCCAGCCCAUCCCAGGGUCGCCACGCCCUUGCUCCUCCCCAAAGGAGGUGGUGGCACCAGUACCCUUCUCACAGCAGGAUGCAACCCUUGUCUUACCGCCAGGUUACCCUGCAAACCUGGCAAACCUGGCCUGCUGCCCCCUCCCACCUAUGUAUCCAGGAGGAAGCACUUGUUCAGGGCUUCCCAUUCCUCCCAUUGCCCUGCAUACACCUUGGGGUACCUAUAACUCUUGCCCCCCUAUGCCCAGUCCUGCAGUGCCACUUCCACCCAAAGCAUCCCACAUGACAGUAGACAAAAAUGUCCUCUCUCCUCCCCCUCCUCCUCCUCCGCCACCCCCUCCGCCACCACCAGCAGAACUGCAGAGCCAUGGAGGAUUACAAGAGGCCAUGGCAGAGGCUGGAGAAGGUUUCCAGGAGGUGCUCUCCUUGACUGAGAGCCCUGUGCCACAGCGGUCUGAGAAGUUCAGCAAGAAGAACCGCAAGCGGGUGGAUGGUCGGGCUGACGAGGCUAAUAUGCCACCCCUGGCUGAAGGGAGCAAGUCGAAAAAGGAGGGCAGAGCUCUAGGUGAUUUCAACUCACUCAUCUCUAGUCCACGGCUGGGAGGAAGGGACAAGAAGAAGCUGAAGGGACAGAAAGAGCAGCAGUUGAAGGCUAAGAAGCUGAGUAAGACCACUGCCAAUAGUGAGUUCCAAGACAGUUCAGAAAGUGAGCCAGAGCUGUUCAUCAGUGGGGAUGAGCUUCUCAAUCAGUGCCAGAGUGGUAAGAAGGGCUGGAAAAGUAAGAGGAACCUGAGGGCUGCCAGUGAACUGGAUGAGAUCAAAUGUCGAAAGGCCAAUGAGAAGGAGGACAGGGGGCUGGGCAGCCAGGGGUUUGUCUAUGUCAUGGCCAACAAGCAGCCACUGUGGAAUGAAGCCACGCAGGUCUACCAGCUGGACUUUGGUGGGCGCGUCACACAGGAAUCUGCCAAGAACUUUCAAAUUGAACUAGAGGGCAGACAGGUGAUGCAGUUUGGCAGGAUUGAUGGCAACGCCUACAUCCUGGACUUCCAGUAUCCCUUCUCCGCUGUUCAGGCCUUUGCAGUGGCUUUAGCCAAUGUCACUCAACGCCUCAAAUGACAUGUCCCAUCCCUACUUACCCUGAGUUAUAUCUGGGAUUUAAAUGCAAUCUGUUGAAGGGGCACAGUUGUUUCAUUUGAGAUUAAUAAACUUUGAUUUUGGAGAGAAGAGUAAAAUCAGCCCUAGUCACAGAAAGAGAUACAAUCAUGCUGCACUACACAAUGCUGCCACUAGAAAUGGUGCAAUAAGCAUUGGCUGCAUUUGCCAAGGAUGCCCUAAGAUUUGCUCUGUUUGGAAGUCAGUGGCACCUUGCAAAGCAUGUAAGGCCAAAGAGCUGAGCUUUGGUAAUUGUCAUGCAAAUAAAUGCUGCUUUUGCUAGAAGAAGCUUAUAGACAUGAUAACCUAUCGGUUAACUGAGAGAGGAAUUGUCAAGGUGCAGUUUUCAAAAGAGGCAGCAGUAAUACUUGAAAACCACACUCUGGAGAUCAAAGAUGUUUUUUCUCCAGAGCGCACAGGUACUACUGGGCACUGAAAUCCAUUGCUGUACAAAACUUCAGUGAAACAGUUACCACUUUAUGAUACUGCUUUUGCUUUUAGAAUGUUAUUAAAUGACUAAACAUGGUGGAGGGUAGGGGGGACUUUUUGUUUUUUCUCUCUGCCAUUCCUUUUGCUCAGUCUAUCUUGGCUGGAAUUGAGGCUUAGAUAUAUGCAUCCUUUAGGAGCACGACUAAGAGUUCACACUUUUCACUGUUGUGAAAGGUGUGUCACUGUUGGGAAGGUCAAGGAGUAAAUAUAUCUGAGGUGAACUGCAGUCUUUUCCACAUGGUUUCCUGGGACUUUGAAGGAAGAAGAAAUGUUCCUCUGCUACAUGGAUUAAUUUAUAUGUACAUUUUGUUGUUUAUCUGUUCAGAUAUGAAUUUUGACAUUAUUAUCAUUGUGAUAUACAAUCUUCAUACCCUGUCAACAUAGAUUUCAACUUACCUGCUUUAUUUGGGAGAUUAGUGACUGAAUUUGAAUAAUGCUGUGGAAUAUUGAGGUGGGAGCGGUGUACAGAACAGCUUUGACUGACAUAUCCUGUACUUAGGGAAAUAUCUACAUAUGGUGACAUGGGUGUAAAAGAAGUCGCCAAGGCCUAGAUUGAACAAGUUAACCUGUGGCAUGAAGUGAUUUGUCACCUGUUGUCACUUCUGUGAAGUGAGUUCA